AUGGCGUCCUUUCUCCCGUUCAUUCAAGACAUCUUGCCCAUGAUCCUCCCCGCAUCCAUCGCCGUGGCCAAGGCCGCCGACAUCCUGCCCGCAGAGCCCCAACCCGGAGAUGUAGAGACCCAGACAUCAGGAGUCAGAGUCAUCAGUAGAAAUGCAAUCGUCGACAAAACGGACAAUAUGUGCGCAUCCGUGCGCCAUCACGGCGAGCAAGUGUCGGGCAACGGGGCCCUGCUUUCACAGCCGAAAGACGACCACGAGGAGCCAGAGCGGCACGAUCUCGGGCCCGGCGAUUUCGCAUUCAUUCCCGCCUGGACGGAGCACCAGUUCGUGAACGACGCCGAGGUCGACUUGCACCUGGUGGUCAUCCGUAGCGGCGGCCAACCGGUCGAGGUCAACUUGACCGACUGGGGCGGGCCUGAGGUGAGAGGGAAGUGA